GACUGAGUGCAAAACAUGUGACAACAAGAACGAGGUGUCAUGUCAACAAGAUCAGAGAAGUGUCGACACUGGGCACUGUAGCAAGAAAUCACGUAUACUUAUAUCAAAUCCUUGACUAGUGAGAAUAAAACAGCACAUUUCAAACCAGUUGUUGCGAUGUUGUACAAGAACACCUUCCCGGGAUGGGGACCAGCCCAGUUGGUAUGUGAAGAAUGUUUUCUGCUAGCCGAAGUCCUCGUCCACCCAUGUUUGUGGAGCCUGUCAAGUCUCCUGUCCUUGUACAAGCCGACCACAAAGGAACAAGCACACCCAGGACGUGUGCUGUUCAACAAAACAAUAUGGACAGUGCCCUUCCUGGUGUCACACAUUUGUACGUCCCCAAUUGCCUUGGUCGGCGGACUUCUACGUCUGCCACUGCUUGGUAUCAGAAGAAAAUAUACAUACGUCCAUAAGCCCAGCGCUGCUCAGCCUGCACCAAUCCAGGAAAGCUACACCAUCGCUUCAAUUAAUGUGUGUCUUUUCCAAGAAUUUCCCAGUCGUAUCAGCAAUCUAGACGACCCUUAUCGACGGGCAAAGCAAAUUGGUGAGCGAAUUAUCAUUGACCAAGAUUUCUCCAAAGAUUUCCUCCAAAGAAACGGUCCACAGAGUCCGGAAUCAAGGUACAGCCUGAGAUCCAGAAAUCCAGAACGAGUGCCAGAAAGAGACGUAGAAGUCAGCAUUGAGGCCCAUUUCCCCCAGCUAGACUUCAUCUGUUUCCAGGAAGUGUGGCAACGUUGUUACUCACGUCUGUUGAUAGCGGAGCUGCAGAAGGUGUUCCCAUACGUCAUCCAUGACGCCGGUCACUGGAGCCUCGGCUGCAACUACUUCAUGUUCAACAGUGGUCUUCUGUUUGCAAGUCGUUAUGAAAUAUUAGACGUAGACUUUAAACCCUUCUUGAACAGUUGCAAGUUUGAAGUGAUAAAUUCCAAAGGGCUGUUGAUGGUGAAGGUGCUGCUCGGCAAGACCGGUGCAGACAAGCGGGAUGUAGGCUACAUUUUCUGCACACACCUUCAAGCAAACCAAGGAGAUGAAAAGGUGACGGACAAGCAGCUGGAUGAUAUCUUACGAUGGACAGAAGCGUUCCGGCAGGAAACAACGUCUGAACAUGACAAUGUCAAGUUGGACUGUAUCAGUGGUGACUUCAACUUUGACAACAUGUCACCAUGUGACCAUGAGCUGUCCAGCCAUCCGCUGUUUGACCAGUACGAGGACCCCUGCAGAGAAAGGCAGGGUCUGGACAUGCCCUGGACUGUUGGAACAUUGCUCCAGCACAACCGACUGUGGGACCAGGAAGUGUCAACUCCGGAGGGCCUGUGUUCAGUACUGAAGGAUCCACUCCAGCGGCAACGCUACAUGGUGGACGCGGACCUCCAGACCAGCACACCUGACUCCACUGACAAUGCCGCAUGUAAAUUUGAUCACCAUGGCAACGUCAUUCCAUCACCUCUCGGAGGAAAGCGAAGAGUGGAUUAUAUAAUUCACCGUAAAAAUGUUUCUAGAGCAUCGAAGUUCAAAUUUGUAAGCAGGUUGGCCACCUUGACUGACCAUAUACAAGUAGCUCUGACCUUGGAAACUUGACCUUGGAAACUUGACCUUGGAAACUUGUCCAUUGACUGCCCUCACUUUGCUGGCAUAGAUAUGUGUAGCGGUCCAUGUCUGCAGUGUGAUUGAUUCUUGUUGAUGUCACAAUGGUGUUUAGUCUUUGUUGAAUUUCUGAUAUUCCUCAGUCCAGUGAGAUGACAUCAUUGCUGGGUUCUGCCACAGUGAAAGAUUCCACCACACAAAGCACAUACACACUGACACUAAAUAAUGGGUCAAUAAUGAGCCAAGAGGACUGGGAUAGUAAGGGAUGCAACUACGCACACCUAAUUGAGUUGCUUCCGUCCAUUGGGCCAUGCUUGCCUCCCAUCCAAGACUCUUUAAAUAUGCAUGUCCACAAUGGCCUUUAGAAUAGUUAGGAUAGGAUCAUUGCUGGGUUCAGAUAAUUUCAGCUUCAUUAAGUGGAAAUGAAAACAUCCUAUCCCAAAGACCACGGUUGGCAUGCAGGUCAUUCGAGGCUCAAACAUAAAAAUGGCACACAAAAUGUCUGGUUCAAGGUACACAAGUGAUACAUUUUUGUUUGUUUAUUUGUUGUUUAACGCUGCACUCGGCAAUAUUCAAGCUAUAUCAUGGCGGUCUGUAAAUAAUUUAGUCUGGACCAGAAUAUCCAGUGAUUGACAUCUUGAACAUCAAC